AUGAAUAAAAACACAGAUUUAGAGGCACAACCUGGGGGGAUAGCACUAUCAGAUGAUUUCAAAGGAGCUAUCGUGGUCACUUGUGAUGCCCAGGUUCGUCAAAGGUUUAUGGCCAAAGUUUACUCGAUUCUUUCAUCACAGCUACUACUUUCACUGUGUUUUAUCGGUGCGGUAUACCGAUUUCCAUCUUUCCAGAGUUUUUUGAUUAAUCAUGUCUUCAUAUGGGUACUUGCCAUGAUAUUCACAUUUGUUUCAUGCAUUUGGGUUUCAAUAGCACCUUCACCAGAAGAAUACGAAGAGAACGAACGAGUUCCCUGGUACGCCCUUACGAGUAGAGGCCAGAAGUCGCUAUUAUUCCUUUUUACACUAUGUGAAAGUUAUUGUUUAGCUGGUACAGUAAUGUUCGAAGCCCAAGACACUGUAGCUAGCGCACUUUUGGUUACCACCGUAGUUGUAUUUGGUAUAUCCGUAAUGGCAUUUUCUGGUAGAUUCCAACUUUCCGAAGGUACCAUGGGGUCUCUUUAUGGAUGGCUGGGAAUGGGUAUCUGGAUGUUAAUUGGUAUCUUCAUUACGUCUCUAUUUUUCGGCGGCUUAACUUCCCGCAUGAACGUUCUAACCGGAUGGUUAGGUGCAGUCGUAUUCUCGGUCUAUUUGUUUAUAGACACGCAAUUAAUAUUCCGUAAAGUGCAUGUUGGUGAAGAAGUUAAAUGCGCAAUGAUGUUAUAUCUCGAUAUUGUGAAUCUGUUCCUAUCAUUGUUGCGCAUAAUGUCGAACAACAACGACGAUUAA